UGGGGGCAGCGAGCGCGCGCCGCGCCGACAUGCAGGGGGAGGCAGGCACGGGCAGGAGCGUAGUGUCCCGCGGGCGGGAGUCCCCGCUGCGGCGUGGUGCCCCCCGCACAAAGCCCGGGGCGGGCCGGGGCCGGACUGCGGGGACCCAGGCCGCCUCCGGCCGCCCCGCCCGGGGAAGGCCGCGCGGGAGGAAUGGGCUCCCAUCCAAGGGCCAGCGAGGAGCGGUGACCACGGGGCCUGAGAGCCGAGCCCUGCUUUCCAGGGGCCCGGCGCUUCUCCAGGACAGGAGGCCGAAGCAGGAGGCCGCGGGGACAGGACCCGAGCUGAAAGCCGCGUCUCGGAGCUUGGUGACGUUCGGGGACGUGGCCGUAGAUUUCUCCCAGGAGGAGUGGGAGUGGCUGAGCUGCACUCAGAGGAGCCUGUACAGGAGCGUGAUGUUGGAGAACUACAGGAACCUGGUCUCGCUGGGCCUCUGCGUGUCCAAGCCCGAUAUGAUCUCCUCGUUGGAGCAGAGGAAGGAGCCCUGGGUGGUGAAGAGAAGGUUGGCACGAGGCCAGGGCCCAGAUGUAAAGGCUGGGCCGGAGACCCCGGAGUUCCCCGCGAAGAAGGACGUCCCUAAGGAAAAGUUACCCCAGGCGGUGAUCACAGAGGGACUCCCGAGCCGCAGUCUGGAACGCUCCAUGUUCCGGGAAGACUGGGAUUACACUGCUCUGUUUGACAGGCCGCCGGGCCUGGUGACCAUCACGAACGUGGCCGUGGACUUCUCCCAGCGGCUGCACCCAGCUCGGAAGAGCUUCUGUAAGAAUGGGAUGUGGGGGACUCGUAGUCACCUGGGGUCCGCAGGACCCCGUGUUUCCCGGGCAGACGUGGUCUCCCUGCUGGAGCAAGGGGAGCCCUGGAUGGUGGACGGAGAGCUGCCCAAGGGCCCGCGGCCAGGCCAACAAUCUAUACAUGAGAUCCAGGAAUUCUUUCCAAAGCAGGAUUCAUUUGCUGAAGUAACAGACAGAACUUCAAACUCUAAUUUGGAGUGUUCCGCUUUCAGAGAAAAUUGGGAUUCUGAGGGUGUGUUUGAAAGGAAGCUGAUAGGUCUGGAGACACAAUUCAGGCAAGAGACAAUCUCUCAUAACAAAGCCCUCCCGAAGGAAAGAGAGCGUACUUUUAACAGGUCUGGAAGGUGGUUUCAUUUGGACAUUUCAGAAGAGAGAGUUCAUAAUCAUGACUCCGUUAAGAAAACUUUUCCCCCAAAUUCAGUGGCAAUAAAACAUACAGGAAUUUAUGCAGGAAAGAAACUUUUCAGAUGUGAUGAAUGUAAGAAAACCUUUACCCAGAGCUCUUCCCUUACUGUUCAUCAGAGAAUCCACACUGGAGAGAAACCCUACAAAUGUGAUGAAUGUGGCAAGGCCUUCAGUGACGGCUCCUCCUUUGCCCGGCAUCAGAGGUGCCACACUGGCAAGAAGCCUUACGAAUGUACUGAGUGUGGGAAGGCCUUCAUACAGAACACCUCCCUCAUUCGUCACUGGAGGUAUUACCACACCGGGGAGAAGCCCUUUGACUGCAUCGACUGUGGGAAGGCCUUCAGUGACCACAUAGGCCUUAACCAACAUAGGAGAAUUCAUACUGGAGAGAAACCCUACAAAUGCGAUGUGUGUGACAAAUCCUUUAGGUACGGCUCCUCCCUCACUGUGCACCAAAGGAUUCACACUGGAGAAAAACCAUAUGAAUGUGAUGUCUGCAGGAAAGCCUUCAGCCAUCAUGCAUCCCUCACUCAACAUCAAAGAGUGCAUUCUGGAGAAAAGCCUUUUAAAUGUAAGGAAUGUGGGAAAGCUUUUAGGCAGAAUAUACACCUUGCUAGUCAUUUGAGGAUCCAUACUGGAGAGAAGCCCUUUGAGUGUGGGGAAUGUGGGAAAUCCUUCAGCAUCAGUUCACAGCUGGCUACUCAUCAGAGAAUUCAUACUGGCGAGAAGCCCUAUGAAUGUAAAGUUUGUAGUAAGGCGUUCACCCAGAAGGCUCACCUCGCGCAGCAUCAGAAAACUCAUACGGGAGAGAAACCAUAUGAGUGUAAGGAAUGUGGUAAAGCCUUCAGCCAGACCACACAUCUCGUUCAGCACCAGAGAGUUCAUACUGGAGAGAAACCCUAUAAAUGUAUCGAGUGCGGGAAGGCCUUUGGUGACAACUCAUCCUGUACUCAACAUCAGAGGCUUCACACUGGCCAAAGACCUUAUGAAUGUAUUGAAUGUGGGAAGGCCUUCAAGACCAAGUCAUCCCUCAUUUGUCAUCGCAGAAGCCACACCGGAGAGAAACCGUACGAAUGUGGUGCAUGUGGCAAAGCCUUCAGCCAUCGCCAGUCCCUCAGUGUCCAUCAGAGAAUUCACUCUGGAAAGAAACCCUAUGAGUGCAAAGAAUGUAGGAAAACCUUCAUCCAAAUCGGACACCUUAAUCAGCAUAAGAGAGUCCACACUGGAGAGAGGGCCUAUAACUAUAAGAAGAGCAGGAAAGUCUUCAGGCAGAGCGCACACCUUGCUCACCCGAGAACUCACAGUGGAGAGGCAGCAGCACGGCCCUCUUUGCCUUCCACGUCGAGUCCCGUGGAUCUGCUCCCCAGAUUCCUCUGGGGUCCGUCCUCACUCCCAUCGCCCUAGUCUCAGUAUUGUGUCAGCCAGACAGUUCCCAUAGUUCAAAAAUGGGCCCCUCUGUCUGUCAGUUCAGUUUGUUGUCCUUUAUGAGUUUGUUCUCUUGUGUUGCAGUCAGGUUGAUAUAUUUUUUUUUAAGUAUAAAUACACAUCUCUCACUUCUCGUUUAAAAACUUGCAUUGGGAUCCUUUAAAUUGGUUAACACAUAAGAUGUGUUUGGCACAGUGCCUGGUUCAUACCAGGUGUUGAAAAAAAAACAUUUGGGGACAUGGAAGAGUCAUCACAGUCCUCUCUGAAUAAAAAUGGUGCCUGGAAAAAAAAAAAAAGUGCCUGGGAGGAACCCGGGAGAGACCGGUGUGGGUCAGGGUAGCCAGUGAGGUCUCCCCAGAGGUGGUGGGAAACUUGAUUCCAUAGCGCUCGCUUUGGCAGCACAUAGACUAAAACUUGAGUACAUAACGUUGAGUUAGAAUUCUGGCCUUCCAUGUCUUCUGCAUAAAUGUAAGGUAAUGUGACUUUAGGUGAGAAAAAUUCAGCUUUGCUAUUCAUCUGAGAAUAGACUUAGAAAGUGUGUAGAGAACACGGAUGAGUGGUCCCCUUGGAACAGAAGAGCUGAAACAAUCAGAAAAAAACUGCAAGAUUUAUACACACAAAGGUAAAACUGUUGACAUGGUACUCUGCCUUAGAAAAUUUGGAAAGAUUUGAUCUGUUUAAAAUCACCUGGGCUUACAAAUGAACUCUAUCAAACCUUUGUUAUUUAAUGUUUAUUCAUUCUUGAGAGAGAGAGAGAGACAGAAUGUGGGUGGGGGAGGGGCAGAGAGAGAGGGAGACACAGAAUCUGAAACAGGCUCCAGGCUCUGUGCUGACAGCUCAGCAUGUCAUGGGGCCUGAACUAUUGAGCUGCAAGAUUAUGACUGAGCUGAAGUCAGACUUGACUGACCGAGCCCCUCCAGGCGCCCCUAUGAAUUCUAUUAAACUUUUAAGGAACUUUUAAGGAGUUAUCAACUGAUAAGCUAACCUGAUCUAAAGCAGGUGUCAGAAAGCUGUGACUCACGGCCCAAGUCUCACUGACUGGUCUUGUAUGGCCCAUGGUCUAAAAUUUUCAACGGCUGAACAAGUGAAUGGAAUAUUUUGUUGACAAUAUGAAAAUGUACAUUAAAUCUAAAUGUCAGUGUCUGUAAAUAAAGUUUUAUUGUCAUACAGUCACACUCAUUUGUUCACGCAUUUCCCGUGGCUGCUUUCACUCCACAGAGGCAGAGUUGAGUCAGUAUUGAGGCAAAGCCUCAAAUAUUUACUCUAUCCUUCUACAGAAAAAGUCUACCAACCCCUGCUUUAGCACAGAAAAGAAUAUACAAAAAGUUCUAAUUAUUUCUAAGGGUGUAAUACAACUCUCACUUCAAAAACAAGACAAAUUAUAAGGCAACUUAUGAAUAGAGGUAAAAGGGAAUUAUUGAAAUAUGAAAACAUGUCAGCAGAGGAGAAAUCAACUUUUCUAGCUGAAAUAAUACUGUUAAAGUGUUUGUAAAUUGUCAUUCACAACAGGGUCCUCACAGGAUGUGGUUACUUUGACCAUUCUACUUGAAACAACACAAGGAAAGCUAAUGCGGCAAGCAUAGCAGGACAUUUUAAAAAUAGGUUUCUUCGCAUUUCAGAUUUUGGUAUAAAAUAAGACUGGGUUUUCAUUACAGGGAAAAUUAUGUUUGACAAUUGGUUAUCCAUUCCCUUCAA